GGAAUAAUAAUAAUAAUAAGAAUAUAGCUGCAAGCAGCAAUACAGGGGGCCAAGUAUGAGAAAAUAGAUAUGGUAUAUGCCAGUCUGCAAGAUCCACGAGUGUACAACCUAAUAUUAUAAUGAAGUUGAUAUACAUGCUUGAUAAUUACAUUACUAUUGAUGCUUAAUUUUAAUUGCAAUCCAUUACAUUUUCUUUUACAGAUUGCUUGUGAUGGCUGCAGCCUCUGGUUCCAUUUGGAUUGCAUUAAUCCACAGCAUCAGCCAAAAUAUGUUGUAGACCAUUCCUUUUUUAAAAUUUUUAUUGCUGCAAGUGCAUACAAUAAUUAGGCUUCCAAGCCACAAGGUUGUACACUCGUGGAUCUUCACAGACUGGCAUAUGCCAUGUCUAUAUUUCCAUACUUGGUCCCCUCCUGUGAUUGACAAUGUUCAAACAUAGGCUUUAAACAGUUAAAUUGCAAAAUGUACGUGAAAGUUCAAUUGCCAAAUGAAGUUAAUGUAAGAAUUAACUUAUGAAUUGAUAAAUUAAUUAACAAAUUAACUACCGGUACUUAAUUUUGACCCUUCUCCAUAUUUUCUAAAUUUUUCUAGCAACAUGAAGACUAAUGUCCCCUCGGAUUAACUUUUACCAUUUUUUAAAAUGGUUUCCACGCAGGGAACAACGACAAAAAAGCAACAACAACAACAACAACAACAAAAAACCACCGUGAACCAAACAAUUUUUUGAACACAAAUGAUACAUUUGUUGGUACCGCUUGUCUUGCAUCUUUCCUCUCGCCGUUUAAAGACUACAACCCCCGACGAUCUUCGUGGAAAUGCCUACAGAAUGACGUUAAGCCGUUUGCAUUCUGGGUCCUCUAUACGGAACAGGCGGUGCUCCAGGGUUGUACAACAGGAGUGUGUCGUUGCUGUGGAAACUGAACCCAAAUUUACUUCUUAUAAGAGGACAACUGUUUAUGGCGAAACAAACAAAUAAGAAAUAGCAGAAACUAAAGUCUGGCAGUAUUUUUAGAAAGAAGAAAAACCCGACUGCAGACAAAGAAUAUCGGAUAUCUACUAAUCGCUACAGACUAGGAUCUCUGCAAACAAAACCACAUACAGACAUUUUGGCAACUUCACCGCUGCUGCUAGCCUGAACGAGAAGGUACUGUAAACAGUACGACUUUUCUAUUACAUCGUUGUGGUACUGUCUGCAAAAUAAACAUACCGUUCUGGAGGAGCAGGUCCGUGAUCAUCUACAGCAAUACAGAAAAAACACUAAUGAAAACAGAAAAAAAUGUGUAUUUAUUUUAAUGCAAAACACACUUUUAUUGGAUAUUUAGUCAUCUGAAGAAGCUUAAAACACAACAUACCUGUAUAGUUUAAGAGAUGGCGAACUCGGAAAUAAUAAAAACUAAUGUGGAGAUUUCUGACUGACAGUUGUAAAUACGUGGAUAGUGAAGGAUUGUUCUCGAAGAGUGGGAUUUACAAACGGUAUAUGAUCAAAGAUUUUUACAUCAGCUUUCCAGCACAGCGCCGAUAUUAAUCCUAACAGAAGGCGGCAGAUUCUCCAGCAGUCCUGCCCAAGUUUAGUAUCAGCCCUACCUUUUCAUACUGACCAUGCUUCAGGCAGGCUCCGUGCAACUGCUGUGUCUGACAGCCAGCAGCGGCGUCCCGCUGUUCUGCCGUGGACGCGGCUCUUCAAAGCAGCUCCCGUUCUCUGUUAUCGGCUCUCUGAACGGCGUUCACAUGUUUGGUAGCAGCCAGGACGCGCAGAUUUGCAGCACAGCGACGGAGGGGGGCGGGAGGGUGGUGUGGCGCGUCUUCCAGGACAGCGUCGCGCUGAUCGCAGUGAGCUCGGAGGAAGGCGCUGGAGAACCCUACCUGCGCCGCCUGCUGGACAACGUCUUCAACUGCAUGGUGCUGGUGCUGGGGCUGGACGAGCUGAGCAGGGUAAAGAAUGUGGAACGCCUGAAGAGAGACCUACGCUCCUGCUACAGGCUAAUCGAUUGCUUCCUGGAGUCGGGUGGUGAAGCCAUAGGGGACCUGACGCACUGCGCAGACUGCCUGGUGUCGCCGGACUCGGGCGUGCUGCAGGAGUGCCUGGAUGCGUUCACCCGGGCAGCGGAGAGUGAGUUUGGCUGCUUGCUGGCGGACGGGAGGGUGGUGGUGGCGACUGAGAAGUGGUGGCGACUAGCUCCCCAGGAGGUUGUUCUGCUCGCCUUCCUGGUGCGCUCUCUGGCCAGCACCAGCUCCCGGGACUGCCCCAUCUUCUUGCCCCAAGGAAGCCCCAAUGUGCCUCAUCGGCUGCUUUGUUUCCAGCUAGUCCCUGGGGUGGAUGUGUGCGUACUGUGUGGCCCCACGCCCUCGCUGCAGAGUGCUGAGAGUGAGCUGGUGGGCAGGUUCUGGUCCCCUCUCGUGGAGCCCCUGCGGAACUGUGUUGGGCUGAAGGGCCGCUGUUUCCUGGGCCCCGCUCCCCGCGGCAUCCUGGGGCUGCUCUUGAUCAACCUGGACUCCAGCCGCGCGCUCUAUUCAGUCCAGCUCUCCCAGGAAGCUGCUGCUCAGGACACACUGCCUCCGGAGAGGAGGAGGGAGCUGCUGCGCCUCUUCUACACACUGGCCACCACCAGGUACUUCCAGGGAGAGCCCCAUGGGGAGAAAUGCGAGACCCAGAUGGAAGACUUCCCCGCUGGCUUCUCGCAUGAGCCCCUGCAGUGUUACCUGGCCGCGGCCGAGUGCAAGUGCUUCGCACUGCAGACCCCCCAGCAUCAGCUCUUCCUGCUGACUGCCCCCACCCUGCCAACCUUCACACUCCGGACCCUCGCCACGCGCACACUCAGCACACUGCUCGCACAGACUGGCAAGACUACGCGAAACUGA